GAUGAGUUCCUAUUUUGUCAACUCCACGUUCCCGGUGACUCUACCGGGCAGCGGCGGACAGGCGGCGGCGGCAGAGUCGUUUCUGGGACAGAUUCCUCUGUACUCGUCGGGAUACGCCGCCGACCACCCGCUCAGACACUACCCGGGCGCGGCCGCUGUCACUGCGGCCGCCGCCGUUGCGUACGGCGCGGGCGGCGGUGUGCACCAGGAGAAACCGUACCCGGCGUCAAGUUACUACCAGCAGGCGGCGAACGGAGCGUACGGCGGGCACCGGGCGGCGGCGGGAGUCGGGGUAGGUGGCGCGACCGGUGCCGGCGCAUGUGACUAUGCCACAGCGGCAGCGGCGGCGGCGGCAGCGGCGGCGGCAACGAGCUUCUACCGGGACAAGGACUCCGCCGGCGCGUGCAGCCUGGACGAGCAUCCGCUCACGCUGAGCCAGGACGGCGUGCACCGAAAGGCGGAGUGCGUGGGGCUGAGUGGGAAGGGGUUGUUCGGGGAACCGGUGGAUGAGAAGCAAGCAGCGACUCCCAUGUACCCGUGGAUGCAGCGGAUGAACGCGUGCAACGGGUCCUUCGGCAGCCCCGGGCGGCGCGGGCGGCAGACGUACACGCGCUACCAGACGCUCGAGCUGGAGAAGGAGUUCCACUUCAACCGGUACCUCACGCGGCGGCGGCGGAUAGAGAUCGCGCACGCGCUGUGCCUGACGGAGCGGCAGAUCAAGAUCUGGUUCCAGAACCGCAGGAUGAAGUGGAAGAAGGAGAACAAACUGAUCAACUCUUCAUCCUCCUCCUCCUCACUCACGGCGACCGGCGGAGAGGAGGAGGAGAAACCACCGGAGUGAGGAAGAACAAACUGAUGGAGGGAAGAAACGCAU